AUGCGCCUCGGCGUGCAAAGCGCUGCCGAUGCGCUCGGAUCGGCGCACGGCGGCGGCGCCGCCCGGGGCAACGGGCCAGGACACGCCGCAGUCGGCGACUCGAGCCAUGAGAUCCGGGAGGAGUUGCAGGGGCUCUUCGAGGAGCUGCUGCUCGACGCCUGCUCCCGCCCCGCCUACGCGCCGGGGAGGCCUCAACGGGAGCUCGCGCGGCUGGUGCGCAGGGGGGGCGUGGCGUCGGGAGCUGCUCUCGGCGACGCUAUCGCGCACCUGCUGCUGGCAGAGCAGGCCUUCGACGUGCUCGAGCUGUUCCAGCACCUGCCGCCUCUGGAGCCCGGGCUCCGGGAGCAGGUGCGCUGGGCGGUGGCCCGCAGUGUUGCCGCCGAGCUGGCCGGGGCGGACGUGGCGUCAGCGCCAGGUCCGCGGCUGCUGCGGUCGGUGUCGCAGCUGGUCGCGCGGGACUGGGUCGCCGUCGAUGGCGUCGUGGCCAUCGCCGAGGAGCUGGUGCGCUCGUGGCACGAUGCACGGGCCGGCGGCUCCGCCGCCCUUCCCCCGUGCCUGGGGCUGCUGGAGGCGGCCGCGGCGGAGGCCCCCCGGCAGGACCUGGCGCGUGCCCUGGCGGCGGCGCCGGAGGUGUGCGGCGUCCUGCGCUCCAGGUGCGAGCAGGUCCGGGAGGUGUACCCCCUCCUCGCCUCGGCGGCCGCCUCCGCGCUGCUGGCGGGCCCCAGCGACCGGGCCAGCGCCGACGACGCCAGCAGCGAGGGGGGGGGCGGCCGUGCCCCACGCGCGGGUCCACCCCCGGGCGCCCUGCAGCCCUGCGCUGCGGGGCCCUCCGUCUUCGAGGCCGUGGAGCACCUGAGCGGGCCCGGCGAGUGGGGCUCGGGGGCGGCGUACUGUCUCUGCGGGACCUACCUGCAGCCCGGGCCCCUGCCGGCAGCGUGCCACUCGGGCCUGCUCGUGGGAGGCUCGGGGGGCAUUGUGGAGGAGUGGGACCUCGACAGCGGCGUCCGCUUGGAUCGCCUCUGCGUGGACGGCGCCUCCGAGGAGUCCUGCGACGCCGACGUCGUGGCCCUGGCGUGCCCCUCCGUCUGCUCGCGGCUCUGCCGGCCAGACGAGCUGCUGGUGGCCGCCGUGAACGUCCCUGGCGAUGCGGGGCUGGCCGUGCUACGACGGGACCCAGACUCCCUUGCCUGGCAGGUGGAGUGCCCCUGGCCCGUGGACGCGCACCACGCCUGCUGGCGCCCGCUGGACAAGGUCUCGCGAGGAGAGUUCUUGCACGGCUCCUACUCGCUGUUCGCCCUGGGGCAGGCGUCCUCGCUGGGCUCGUUCGAGGUGUGCCUCUACGACACGGCCGCGUCGCCGGCACGGCCUCUGGCGGUCUGCUCCGCGCGCGCGGGCUUCGUCGCAGACGUGUGCACGACCUCCGAGCACACCUUUGCCUCCGCCUCCCUCGACGGGGCGCUCUGCCUGUGGGACGUGCGGGUCGGGCUGGACCCCGCCGCGUCGGCGGGCUUCGGCGGCGCUGGCUUGCCGCGGGCGGGCCUCUCGAGCGUCGCCGCGCUCGGCGACUCCAUGCUGAUGUGCGGCAGCCUCGCCGGGGAGCUCUUCCUCUUCGACCCCCGCGAGCUCUCGCGGCCCUACGUUGCGCUGCCUUCGGUUGCCGGCGCCGUGGUGCGCCUGCGGCUGUGGGCGUCCUGCGGCAGCCAGGCGAUCGCCGCGGUGUCCAGCCUCCGCGGCCGCUUGGGCCCGGGCGCGGAGGACCGCCUGCGGCUCCAGGGAAGGGGAGGGCGGGGCGCGGCGGAGGGCCCCGAGGACCGCCCGCGGCGGUGCUACGACGUGGUGCAGGCCGCGGGAGCUUCCAGCACGGCGCUGGCCUGUGGGGCCUGGGGUGUGACCAGGUCGGGUCCUGGACACCCCCUCGCACUGGCGUUCAUCCUGGCGGAUUCGUCAUCCCAGAUAAGAGGCACGCAAUUUGCCUGCUCGGCGGACUGCAACUACGACAUGUGCCUGGCCUGCAGGAACACGCAGGCGCGCGCAGCUCUUCCCCGGCCAGCGCUGUCCCGCGGCCGUGGUCCGACGGCCUUCUCGGAGACAGCCAGAGGCGUCCUGGCUCUGGAGUCAAUCGUCAAGGCCUUCUCGAAUCGCGCCCGCGCCUUGCUGCCGCCGGCCCUGGCGAACCUGCCCGUCAUCCAGCCCCCAGUCAGGUUCAAUGGUGUGGUGAAAUCGUUCAACGAGCUCAAGGGCUUCGGCUUCAUCUCGUGCGCCGAGAUGGUCGAGGCGCACGGGUGCGACGUGUUCCUCCACAAGGAUCAGCGAAAAGAGUGGAAGCCGAACGACGAGGUGUCAUUCAUUGUGAGGCUCAACAGGGACGGCAAGCCCCAGGCGUAUGACUUGAACCUCCCCACGGGCGAGAUCCGCCCGAUAGACACCGUGCCGAUCGACGCCAGGAGGCGGAUGCAGCAGAGAACGCUCGGCCCUGGCAUCCCCGACGUCAAGGAGGAGCUUGGCCGCCACUGCGGCAUCGUGCGCUCGUUCGACCAAGAGGUCGGUUAUGGAUUCGUCCUCUGCCCUGAGAUCCACGACAUGGGGUACCUUCACGACGUGUUCGUCCACCACAUGCAGAUAGGAAUCUUUGAGAAGGGAGACAUGAUUGAGUUCGACGCCUACCUGAACAGCAAGGGGCUCCCCCAGUGCCACAACCUGUCCGCCUGCCACGGGGAAAGGCUCGAGCAGCUGCAGAAGCAGCUGGACGAGCUCGAGGCAAAGCGGCAGCGCAAGAGGAGCCACAGGAAAGGCGGAGGCAAGGCCGACCGGCGGCAGGGCGGCCCCGACGACCCGCCGGGCGGCGCGGAGGCCGGGCUGGCCCCCGAAGGCGAGAGCCUCAUCGAGUUCGGCGAGAACGGGGCCCCGCGGCCGAAGAAGCACUACUCCUUCCUGGAGGCGAGCGUGUGCAAGGACUGGCUCCACGGCACGUGCGAGCGCGGCGACAGAUGUAGAUUCAAGCACGAGACAGAGUCCGGCCAACCCGUCAGCGAGACCCCGUGCUGGGACUUCGUGAACGGCAACUGCGACCGCGGCGACAGGUGCAAGUUCUCCCACACCGUGCCGGAGGGGGAGGGCAAGAAGGGCCGAGGCAGAGGCAAAGGCAAAGGCUCGGGAGACCGGGGGCAGCCAAAGGAGCAGGAGGUCUGCCGACACUUCCUCAAGGGCUGGUGCAACUUCGGCAGCGGCUGCCGGUAUUUGCACACCGAGGACUCCAGCUCGAGCGGCGCCUGGAGGCCCAGCCUGGGCCCAGCGGGAGGGGACGAAGGCGGCUGGGCCGGCGGGCGGGAGCCUGGCGGCGGCGGGCAGCGCUGGGGCGGCCGCAGGAGAGACAGGUGGGCCGACGACUAUUACGACCGCAUAGACAGCGGCGCCAAGCGGGGCUGGAAGCGCAGGCGAGAGAGCUGGAGCGAACUCCCCGAUGCCGACUCGCCGCAGGACGGCGCCGGGCCGCUCUGCCGAGAGGGCCACCGGCUGAUCUGCGACAGGCGGCCAGGGGCAGUGUGCGACGAGUGCGGCGCGGCCGGCACGAGGUGGAGCUGCUCCGGAGGCUGCAACUUCGACCUGUGCGCGGGGUGCGCGAGCGAG